AUGUCAGAGAUUGCGGGUCCUGCUGCUGCUGCCUUGGCAUCGCUAUGCCCUGACGACCUAAUUUUCCUUCAGGCACUCCCUAAGGCAGAACUUCAUGCUCAUCUUAAUGGAUCAAUACCAAUCAAAACAAUACUGGAACUUGCGCAGCAAUACUCACCUUCUACCGCCGCACAGACGACUGAGGUCGCAGACACUCUCGAGAAACUCAGGUCUGGAGUCGUCGUCUUCAAUGAAAUAGAUGACUUUUUCUCUCUCAUGCCCACCAUCUAUGCUCUGACAUCCACUCCGGAAGCAGUCACGACCGUUACUCGUGCAGUCCUCCAGUCGUUCUUGAACCCCACAGGUGAUGGUGCGGAAAGCCCUCAGUGCACGUAUCUUGAACUACGAACUACACCUCGCGCGACGACACACAUGACGCGAGAGAGGUACCUUACAGUCGUGCUUGAGGAAGUAGAGAUGUAUCCUGCUACUCAGGCCGCCCUGAUCGUAUCCGUCGAUCGUCGCAUGAGCGACUUGGACCUUGAGGAGUGCGUUAGUCUUGCUAUCGAGAUGAAGAACAGGGGUAGAAGAGUCGUAGGCGUUGAUGUAUGUGGGGAUCCACGCAGGGGUGACAUGGAAUCUUUCACUCGGCACCUAUCAAGAGUCAAGGGCGCCGGUCUCGGAUUGACCGUGCACAUCGCGGAGUGCACAGAGAAUACAACUGAGGAUUCUCUGGCACUCCUUAGUUGUCGCCCGGAUCGACUUGGACACGCGACAUUCCUUUCAGAUGAACUCAAGGCUGAACACUACAAGCCGUGCAUCGAGAUAUGCCUAAGCUCCAAUCUUCUAGGCAAAACCGCCGCAUCCCUCGAAGCGCAUCAUAUUCACUAUUAUCUGAAGAAUGACCAUCCUAUCGUCAUCUGUACUGACGACGCACUCCCUUUUAGAACGUCUUGUCUUGGAGAGUACUCUUUGCUUCUAGCACAGCCUCCGUUAGGCCUGGGCUUGAGUAGAGGUGAUGUAGCUAGAGUCGCGCGGAUGGGCAUGGAUGCUGCAUUUUUGAGACCUUGUGAUUGA